AUGAAGAGCUCUUUCCAGAAGGAGAGGUCUGCUGUUCGGACUGAUGUUACGAAAGUGCUAGCCACUGCAGACCAUGCUCGCAAGCAAGCUGCGCUACAGGUUAGCAAGGCGGCUGCAGAAGCGCAGGAGAAUUGCAGGCAGAUGGCAGCCAUCUUUCACAAGGAGAGCGCCCAACAGAGAGAGAGACUGGACAGCAUGGAAGAGACCAAGGCACAUCUUGAGAAUGAGAUCCGUGGUUUGGAAGAGAUGCUCUCACAAAGUGAGAAUGACAGGGAACAGAAGGCCCAGCAGAUCAAGAAACUGCGGUCAAGCCAGAAAUCUAGAGUGGUGGAAUUCGGGAGAAUGCAGGAAGAAAUGGAUCUUGUGAGGAAAGAGCGUGACAAGCUGAUGCAUGAGAACAACUCCUGGCAAAAGAAAUGUAAUAGAUUUGGGGCCAGGGCCCACGAAGUCGAGUCGAAGCUGCGCGCAGCAUCUUUAGCAUGCUCCAGCAAGGAGAAACAAGCGAUGCAACUCCAGGCCGAUGUGGAGAGAUUGCAAGCCUUGGCACAAAACUUGGGCAAGCCCAACACUGAGUGUGGAGCUGAGUCCCAUCAGGUCCUAGAACGACUUCUGAAAGAGGCAGAAGCACGAAAUGCAGGCAUGCAAGACCAGGCUCAAAUUUACAUCAAAGAGAAAGCACAGGCUGAUGAACAGAUUCGGGACCUGAAGGGGAAAAUGUCAGAUUACAAUCAAGAGAAGUGUGCGCUGAUCAUGAAGCUCUCCAAUAUGCAAGAGAGAGAGGGUGGCCUAAAACAACAGCUGGAGGACACUGGGACAGCUCUCAUCGAAGUCAAAGACAUUGCCAAUUGUCUGUUUUCUGAACUCAAGAUUUGCCAAGCCCGCUCCACCGAGUUGAUGGAAGAGGUAAAUACCCUCAAGGGUGAGUUAAUGAAGAGGGCAGUAGAGCGCGAAACGCAGCAAAGUGGUGAGCCCUGUACCUGUGGAUCUGUUGAUGAGAUCCGGGAUCUUCAGAAACGCAUUGAAGAGGCUACUGUUGGGAAGGUGGCAGCAGAGGCCGAACGCGAUGCUCUAGCACAGCAGCUGCGCCAGAUUCAGGAAGGUUCGGAACUGACCUUCCAGCUGAACUGCACCGAUCGGGGGUCCAGCAAGGGCGGCGAUGCAGAACUGAAACACCUCCAGGCUCAGCUGGCGACAAGCCAAGCCAAGGUUGACGAGAUGAAGCGCAUGGCGAAGAACAACACGGACUCCUGCCAGGAGAGGGACAGUGAAAUUGAGUCUCUGCGUGCUGAACUGGCGUCCAGCAAUGACGAUAGGACAAGGCUGGAAGAGCAACUCCAGCUGGAAGAACGCCGGAAAGAAGAGUUGGAGCGCGAACUCAGUGGCAUCAAGUCUAGACUUGCCGUUGCGAAUGAGACGGGCAGAGAGGCGCUGCAUUCGAGCGCCUUGAAAGAAGAGGAGCUGCAGGCACUGCGUGGACAAAUUCAAAAACUCAAAGACGCUUCUGACGAUCGACAGACACUCGAGGACGAAUUGACUCAUCGUUGCUCCGAGUUGGAGAAGAAGGUCAUGAAAUCGCAAGCUUCCAUGAUAGUUAUGAAAGGUAAAGAAGCUCAAUAUUCUGUUGCCCAGAAAGAUAAGGACAGCCAAAUAGAGCACUUGACACUUGGUCUGGCGCAGGCGUUGGAAAAACUCUCAUUCUAUCAGGACGAGUUUUCAGCGGAGUUGUGUGAGGCAGACACUUUCAAACGGGUGAAUUCCGACACAAGAAGGCUGCAGGAGCUUCAGGAGCAGCUGCGCUGUUGUGAAGAUGCCCUACAGGUGGCCACAGCGAAGAAGGUCGCAGCCGAGCAAGAGUGCCUUCGGCUGCAGCAAGAUACCUCUACUGCCAUCAAGACGCUUGCAAAACUGGACAAAGAAAUAGCUUCCAAGCGGUCGCAGUGCUUGGAGGUGCAGCAGCGUGCAGAAACUGAGGGAAAAUCAGCACAGAGUCCUACAACUCAAUUUCCAGAGAGCAGCGAUGCGGAUGGCGUGAAAGAACAGCUGUCGUCUGCGCAGAGCAUUCUGUCAAGGGCCAAGUUGCAACUAGUUUCUGUGGAAGAAAAAGAGAGAGUUGCGUCCCAGCAGUUGCUGAACUCCCAGGAGAAGUCCGGCUGGCUAGAAGAAGAGCUAGCGAAGGCCGUGAGGCAGAAGAACUCCGUGCAGGAAGAUCUAAGCCGCUGUGAGGCUGCAGCUUCUGCCAUGAAGGACCGGCUGAGGGCAUUUGAGGAGCGGGAGGCGGUCGCGUCGGAAUCUCUACAAGAAGCGAGAUUAGCUCUUCAAACGCGCACAAGAGAGCUGGCUGCCGCCCACGAUAAGAAUGAAGUUAUCAGGGGCACGCUUGAGCAGCUGCAGACCAAGCUGGAAGAACGUUCCGUUGAGGUCCAGGUGGUGUCUAGCGAGUCCAAACACUGGCGAGGAUGCGCCCUCCAGCAGGAGAUGGAGGCUCAGAAGCUCACGAGUGACAUGGAUGCAAUUUCGGCGAAGUGCCAAAGCAUGGAGGACGCGAUGGUCGCCAAGGCGUCGCAGUGCGCAGCCGCAGUCGAACAGGCGCAAAAAAUUCAGGAGCACCUGAAGCUCAGCCAACAGACGCAAUUUGCGCUGGCCACCAAGGUGUCACAACUCGGUGCUCAGCUCUCCAGUGCGCUUUCAUCCCAGCGCCGCUGCGUCGCAGAAAAGGGCAUUGUUGAGGCCGCAUCUGCCACCCUUCAAGACAAGCUGGCCGCCUCCAAUUCUCAAAUCCAGGGGCUUCGGGGGCAACUGGAAAGGUGUAAAGGCACACAUCGGAUGUCCUUCCGUUGCUCUCGAUGGAAAAAAUGUCCAUUAUAG